AUGGCUUCUUUGCCGGGACUCAAUGGUUCAUUGGACCAGUACGAUAAUGAUGCGUUAGAAUCUGUUGAACUGUCGGGGCCCCAUUCGGUUCAGCUCGCUGGAGGAUCGGAAUGGCGAGUUAAAGUAAGCAACGACUCGCAAAUGUCUCUCACGGUGCAAGAAGGUAUCGCUGAGAUCUUUGGCACAGAGCUAGCUGUUGCCGUAAGCUACAGGUUCCAAAAUACCAGCUUCGCGCUGCAUGCCGUCGAAGACGUGGUGUUGGAAUGGACGGGAACUUUGGUUCAACAACAAAUCAUUGGCGAAAAGGAUACAAACGCUCUACAUGUCUACAAUUUGCACUUUGCACUUGAAAAACAGCGUGCUGCGGGCUCCCAGGGCCCAAGAGUACUGCUCGUGGGCAAAAGAGCUUCGGGAAAGACAAGUUUGGCCAAAACGUUGAGCAGUUACGCUCUCAAAACCAGGGACCAGGGCCCUGUUGUCGUGAAUCUGGACCCACAACAGUGCAUAUAUACGCCUCCCGGUUGUUUGUCUGCAACACCCAUUUCAGAUUUGAUCGAUGUUCAAAACAAUGGUUGGGGUCAUAGUACAACAAGUGGUGCAACUGCGUUGCAUGCGAAACAACCUCUGGUCAAAAGUUUUGGGCUAGAGCGCAUUUCGCGUAAUCGAGAAUGGUAUAGAGUGCAGUUGCAACAACUUGCCACGUCGCUCGACGCUCGCUUAGCGCAUGACAGUGCUUUGCGCCGUGUUGGGAUCGUAGUCGAUACUCCAGCAUUGCGUGAAUUGGGCGAUGGAGAAGAUGACAACUACGAUUUUUCUUUGAUACAUGAGAUAGUGACACUUUUUCAUAUCAAUGCGGUGGUGGUUUGCGCUCCAGACGACUCACUCGCGGUGCAACUGCACCGCGAACUUCCGGUAGAGACAUUGACUAUCGUACGUUUGCCCACCUCGAGUGGGGUGAUUUUAAAUGAAGAUGUUCAAAUACGUGCGUUGCAGAGCGGUGCUAUUAGAGACUAUUUCUAUGGAGACCCCUCGACUGUGCUGAGCCCAUACGCCGUAGGUGUUGAAUGUGACGCAGUGACUGUAUGGGAGCCCGAAAAUGUCAUGUCUGGAUCUUCAGAAGCACCACAAGCCCGAUUGAAGCCCGUGGAGGUCAACGCAAGUAAUUUACAACAUGCUUUGGUUGCAAUAAGUUAUGCCCCAAGGUCUGCGCCGCCUGAAGAUGUUGUGAAAAGCGGCAUUCUCGGAUUUGCAUUGAUUUUGGAGGUUCACGAUACUCGAAGAAGGCUAAGAGUCUUGUUGCCCGUCCCAGGACUUUUGCCUGAUAAUGCGUUGAUUUUGACAGAGAGUAGGUAUUUGGAGUAG